AUGACAGAGUGGAGCUCGGAACUUUCACAAUGGGCGUUCAGCAUCGUUGCCGCCGCUUUGGUAUGCUGGCUGGGUCUAAUAAGUCUACGGAGAGUAGUUCGACCCCAAACAAAGAAACAACCUCCUGGACCCUGGGAACUUCCUUUGGUCGGAAGCUUGGGCAUCAGCAGCACCGCAUCGUUGUUCCGAAGAUCUGUGGAGUGGACGAAGCGUUACGGUCCCAUAUUCAGAGUAAAAAUUGGAACGGCUAACGUAGUCAUUCUGAGCGACGUGGACCACAUCAAAAAGUUCUACUCUUCAAAGAGUGGCGUGGUCCGCCCUUCGAAUGCGAUUCUUGAGGAACUCAGACCCAGUACCAAACGCAUUUCUAAUCUUAACGGAGAAGCGUGGACGCAGAACAGAACCUUCAUCUUGCGUGUAUUUGGAGACCUGGGCUUUGGGGAGCCUUCAAUGGAAGAUCAUAUCAUGGAAGAGUUGCAGGAGCUGGUCAGCCGAAUAUCUAACACAACGGGGUGCCUGAUCAACAUCAAGGAUUACAUCACAGCCAGCGUGUCCAACAUCAUCGCUGCUGUUAUGUUUGGAUCCAGAUUCAAGAUAGGGGACGCCGAGCACGACUACUUAGUAAAGCUUGUUAGAAGCGUCCUGGAUGGUUCUGAAUCUGGCUUGAUGGUAGACAAGAAGCCAAACUGGCUCAGUAGAGUCGCGACCAGUCUUCAAACGAAAGCACAAGUCAAUCAGAAAUCUCGGUUGAUGAUGCAAGAUUUUGUCAAAGAACAAAUCACGGAACACAAAAACACGCUGAAUCCAGACUUCAAUCGGGACUUCAUCGAUGGCUACCUAAAGAAGAUAAAGGAAAGUGAUUACAAGUCAGCUUCUCAUUUCAAUGAAAAUAACCUCCUGGGAAAUGCCGCGGAAUUCCUUCUGACCGGAACCGGCCCUUCUUCGACUCGGAUCUUCUGGUUUCUUCACAUUUGUGCCCAGAAUCCGAACUCGGUGCAGAACAGAAUCCAGAGGGAAAUUGAUGAUGUCGUCGGACCUCACAGGCAGCCUACAUGGGAGGACCGCAAGAAGAUGCCCUUCACCAUGGCCAGCUUGAAAGAGGGACUGCGAUGGAAGACGAUAGGACCCAUCGGGGGCUCCAGAGGAACUUUAAAAGACACCUUUAUCGGCGAAUACUUCAUUCCUAAGGGAACUAUCGUUUUGUUAAAUUUGAGGGCGGUGCACAGAAAUCCGGCUUACUGGGACAAUCCCGACGAAUUUGAUCCCACAAGAUUCAUGACGAGUGACGGCAAAUUGCUCGAAAAGAACGAGGAUUACUUCAUACCGUUCGGAGUCGGUAGAAGAAAUUGUCCGGGCCAGGUUUUAGGCAAUGCCCAGAUGUUCCUGUACACCACAACACUGCUUCAGAAGUUCAACAUUUUUCCUGAAUACCAGGACCAGCUGGAGAGCAUCGGUUCCCCAGACCUAGCGACGGCUGAUCCCCGUGUUCAAAAAUUGCGCUUUGUCCCGCGAUAA